UAUGAUCAUAUGUCAUUUUUGCUCUAUGCUAUAUGUUUUAAAGAAAUAGGUUAAGUUUAUAAUGACAAUUAACAGGCCCUAAUAUGAUAACAAAAAUUCUUGCGAAUGCAAAAUGGCUAUGAGAAGAUUAUUUUUGAGGAAUUCCAAAAUAUUCGUGACAAAUUUUGGAAAUAACAUCAAUAUAACGAAAAGUGCACUGAGAAUAACAUCAAUAGAAAAACACAAAUACAUUCAUACCACAACGGUUAGUUUUCAGAAUGAAGAGUCGAGAGCAGUGGUCCAGGCAAACUAUUUUGAGAGAAUAGAAAAUAAAAACAAGAACACCUAUUUAGAUAUGGUAAAAAUAUUCAUCAAUAGAGACCAGAUAUAUCGGCGAGGUCAUGUAGAGUUUGUUCACUCUGCAUUGAAGCACAUGGAGGAAUUUGGUGUACAUAAGGAUUUAGAAGUGUAUCGCGCUCUGAUAGACGUCUUACCUAAAGGAAAAUUUAUUUCAACUAGUAUGAUACAAGCAGAAUUUAUGCAUUAUCCCAAACAGCAGAAAUGCAUUUUGGAUCUUCUUCAGCAAAUGGAGGACAAUGGGGUCAUUCCAGACAGGGAAAUGCAAGAUCUACUUAUCAAUAUUUUUGGCAAAAGAGCAUUUCCCUUAAGAAAGUACUGGAGAAUGAUGUAUUGGAUGCCAAAGUUCAAGCAUGCUAAUCCCUUUCCGAUUCCUGAAGAUUUAACGAACGACGUGUUGGAACUUGCCAGGAUGGCAAUAGCUAGAAUAAGCGGUGUAGAUCCUACAGCCACAAUUACAGAAUACCAUUCUAAGGAUAUAGAAGAAUCCAUAGAUGAUACUUGGAUUGUGAGCGCACAGAGUCCCACUCAACAGUCACUACUAUGGAGACACAAUCCAAAAGAACCUGUGUAUGUAGAGGGAGCAUACAAAGUGUGGUUGAGAGAAAAGCAAGUAAACUAUUUCAUUCUUAGGGCAAACGCUACACCUCCACCAGCCGACAUCGACUCCUAUGAUGAAGAUGAUGUGACAAAUAUAAAAAUUAAUUUAUUUAACCUUAAACCGCCCAUACAGAAACAUAUAGUCGACAGAAAGACUGUACAUGAACAAGACGAUGGUACCAUUUUCGCCAUAUGCGCCACUGGGACAUCAAGUAAAGAUUCAUUGUUAUCUUGGAUAAGACAUCUUGAGAAAAAUGGGAAUGAAGUCUUGAGCAAAAUACCAGUUGUUUUCACCCUCAGAUCUGCACCAAGUGAACUAAUGACGCAAUCACAAGAAGGUAAAGAUGGGACAAUUGAAGUUUCACAUUGAAACUUGUUCUGAUAUUGCUGACAUUAACUAUGGCUGAAAUAUUUUAGUGUAGAAUAAAAUAAUUCAAAUUGUUGAUUUUGACAAGCUGAACAUUAAACACUUUGAAUCUGAAAA